AUGGUUGAAUCGUUCUUUGAACAACGGCCUAUAUUCAUCAAGACGCGACAGCAGAUCCGACUAGAGAACGGAGGGUUACCUGAUGCUCAUGUGCUCACUCCCAAGGAAAAGCAGCAUUAUAUCAAGGACGCCUUUAUGUUCUCCUGGGAAGGAUAUCGGAACUAUAGUUGGGGAUAUGAUGAGAAUAAGCCUGUCACUAACCAACCUAGAAACACUCGAAACGGAUGGGGUGCGACGAUUGUGGAUGGGUUGGAUACACUGUACAUCAUGGGCUUAAAAAAGGAAUUUAAAGAAGCUCAAGACUUUGUAUCGCGUAUCGAUUGGAAUAAAGUGAGUGAAGAUGAACCUGUGCAAUUAUUUGAAACUGUAAUUCGUUAUGUGGGUGGGUUAUUAUCCGCUUAUGAUUUAUCAUUGGAAAAAGUCUUUGUUACAAAAGCAGUGGAAUUAGUGGACAAGUUGAUGCCGGCAUUUGAUACACCCACAGGUAUUCCUUAUCAAUAUAUCAAUUUUACCACGGGUGAGCCUAUCAGAGGAGCAUCGGCUUGUUUAGCAGAAAUAGGUACAAUUCAACUUGAAUUCACAAGACUAUCUGAGAUCACUGGUAAUUGGAAAUAUCAUUAUGCGGUUCGUUGGUUAUAUAUAUAUAUACAAUGA